GUGCUUAUUUUAUGGUAAGAACACAAUAUGUUAACUCUUGAAUGCUUACUAUUACAUAAAGUAAGUUAUCAACUUUAGAUGCAUUUCUUGCAAAUUCGGUAUAAUUGUUUCUUCCAUAUUUGUGUUGCAGUUGACAAGACAGAGAUAAGUAGUGUUAUGGAAAGACAAGCGGAAAUCAGCAAAUGCAAAGUUAGCGAUCUUUGUGAGGUAGAAGCAAUAAAUGAAGGAAGUGACGAAUAUACUUCACACCCAAAGACAAAAGAUUUUGACAUAAGUGUUAAAGUUGCUGAAACACUCCCAGAGAUUCAGAAAUGUUACAGUAGUAGUACGUUUUGUGACAUGUGGUUACAGAAAUGUCGAGAAGUAGGUGGCGGUUGUAAGACACUAGAUAGUGUGAUUACUUCCAUCUGGAAAGCUGUGAAAGAGAGUUUUGACCUUCUGGCCAAAAACAUUGAAGCUGGCGAAACAACAUUCAAUGAAUUUGAGCGACUGUUUGGAUACAAAUUCCGAGAUGAUCUUCUUGCAAUGAAAAAAGAACUAAGAAACAUACGUAUAACGCCUGAAGUGAUUAAUACUCGAAUCGAUCAGCUGAUAAAGUAUAAGCAGCUAGAAACAUGCGUGUUUGGGGCAAAAAGCAUUCUUGAAUUUGUUAAACAGUAUAACUUAACUGGCAACUUCCAACAAAUCCGUGCAAUUGCAUUAUACGACGAAAACGACAUGCAGAUGAAAGCAUUUGAUGAGACACUAAUUGCAACGUGUGAAAGUCUGCGAGAUUUGACAAAAGAACAAGCAGAAUGCUUGAAGGCUUUUGUCGAUUGUACAGAACUGAUCUCCUGGUUGAAAAAAUCUAUGGAAAAUGGUUUGUUUAAUAAUAUCUUGAAAUCUUAUCUCUAA